AUGAACAGGUUAGUUGUACACAAGGAGAGCCUGCCUGCGCAAGUGGGCAUUAAGCGUCGCCGUGCCAACACUGCGGCACCCAUUGCUUCCUCCCCGAACUCCUUGGUUGCUGAGGGCGAGAAUAAUGACGCCAACUCACCGCCAUCCUCAACAGAGCAUGCUGACGUUAACACCAUGGGCAGUUCUCGCUGUGAGACUGUGGAAGCACACGAUGGUGAGGCAGGCAAGGCAGAUCCUGUAGACGCUGUUCCGGAAGAUGAAGAUGAAGAGUCAAGUGAAGACGAGGACGUGGUGGAGUUGGAGCGGGAACGACGACGCAUUGAGCAGCUGCAACAGGAAAAGCAGCGAGCGAAAGAUGAGAAAAUUGGCGGUACCUCCGCUGCUGCUUCCUCCACACGCGCGACGGGAUUAGGCAACCGUACUAAUACGACUAAUAAUACGACUAGUAACGGUGGUGUAUCGUCUUACAAUCAUGAUGUCUUGUUUCGUAGGCGCGAGUGGCGUGAACAGAACGUUGUGACAACAGCAGACGGGGUAAAAAAGGAUAAAAAGACGAAGUGGGAGGCGGUGCAAAACAACGCCCAGCAUUCCGCAGCGUUUCGGCACUUUAUGAAGAGUCACUUUAAGUGA